AUGCAUAGUCAGUCAUCAGAUGACCGCAAAUUAGGAAUUGUGUCCGGAGGAGUUAAAGAUGCAACAUCAGCGGUACGAACAUUAUCUUCAAAUACUUCCAUAUCACGUGUGAUUGCGAGCCAGCAGAAAUCACUUCCUGAUUCGCAGCAAGCAGUAUUACUUGCCAGUGGUUCCGUUCCACUGGGUACCUCUCUCAGGGAUUUUGUGAAUGACCUAGACAAUUACGUGCCAACGAUACCGGAUGCUGUUACAAUCCAUUACAUGAAAAAAAGUGGGGUUGAUUGUGCAGAUUCGCGGGUUAUACGUUUAUUCUCACUUGCAGCUCAAAAGUUUACUUCGGAUAUUAUUUUGGAUGCUAUGCAACAAGCACGUAUGAAAGGAUUAGGCCAAACAAAGAAAGGUACCAAAGAAACACGUUACACGUUGACUUCAGAACUACUGGAGCCCGUGCUUGCUGAAUAUGGUAUCGAACUGAAAAGACCUCCCUAUUUUCAUUGA